CGAAAGUAUUAAUACAAAAAUAGUAAAAAAUAAAACGUGUCAUACAUUUAGUUCAUUAUAUUUAACUAAAAAAAUAUUAUAUAAAAAUUUAAUAUGAAUUUUAAACAAGCUGUGUGUUUAGCCCUGGUGGCCAGUCAUAUGGUAUAUGGUAGGGAUGAUGGGACAGUACGUACCCCUCCCAUGGGUUGGCUAUCAUGGUCUCGAUAUGGCUGUGAAAUAGACUGCAAACGGUAUCCAAAGGCCUGUAUUAAUGAACAGCUUUAUAGGGAACAGGCGGACAGGCUGUCCACUGAUGGCUAUAAGGAGUUGGGCUAUAGUUAUGUGAAUAUAGACGACUGUUGGAGCGAAAUGGAAAGGGAUGUCGACAAUAGACUGGUGGCUAAUAAGCAAAGGUUUCCGAGUGGUAUGAAAGCGCUGGCAGAUUAUGUCCACUCAAAAGGCCUUAAGUUAGGUAUUUAUGGUGAUGUGGGUCCCAAAACUUGUGCUGGCUACCCGGGACAAAAUGGCAAAAAUGACUCUGGUGAUUAUUAUACACUGGACGCUAAAACAUUCGCUGAAUGGGGAGUCGACUCAUUAAAGUUUGACGGAUGCAAUCAAGAUGUUAAACAAUUUGAUCACUUAUACCCUCAAAUGGGAAAUGCCUUAAAUACGUCGGGUCGUCCCAUAGUGUACAUUUGUGAGUGGCCCCCGUUUCAAGUGGCAUCACAUGUCCAAACAGAUUAUAAGGCAGUCACCGAUAGUUGUCACGUGUUUGGUAGUCAUAGCGGGGAUAUACAGCAAUCGUGGGAAAGCAUAGCGUCUGUGCUAGAUUAUUUUGGUGAUAAUUACGACUGGAUGAGUAAAUAUCAUGACAUGCUAGUGGUCGGCAAUUACGGUCUGUCCCACGAGCAAAGUCGCACCCAAUUCGCAAUGUGGGCCAUGUUUUCGGCCCCCCUUUACAUGUCCAACGACUUGAGAGACAUCUCUACGGACGACAUGAAAAUACUACAAAAUAAGGCCAUCAUUGGUGUGAAUCAGGACAGGAAUGGCGUGUUGGCUAAACGGUUGGUCAAAGUAAACAGCCAACAGGUAUGGGUAAAACGGGUGGAGCCACAGGUGAACGGCCAGUGGUCUUACGCCGUGGUAUACAUCGACGCCAACCCUAUCGGUGACAAACAUUACAUAAACUUGGUAAACUUGGAGUAUAUAUUACCCGACGCUAAGCCGACUACUGAAUAUGUCGUACACGACCUGUACAUGGAUGAGGGCAAAGAUGUGCUUGGUACUUUAAAAUCAAGCGAUAAUUUGGAGUUGCUAGUUAAAACGGGUGGCGGUUGCCGUAUGGUUAAACUUGUGCCAAAAUGA